AUGGAUGUCCACCACCCUAGUGACAUCCAGCAGCUGCAGCGAUAUCCAUGGUUCCACUUCUUGGCGGUCCUGGGCGCCCUCUACCUCGGCGCCGUCACACUUCGCCUGCUGUCCUACCUCGGCCUCCCCAACUUGGUGCGCCGGCCGACGGACCUUCGCCGCCGCUACGGCGCGUGGGCCGUGGUCACGGGGCCGACAUCCGGCAUCGGCAGAUCCAUGGCCUUCGAGCUCGCGCGCCGGGGCCUCAACGUCGUCCUCGUCGGCCGCGACCCCGACAAGCUCCGGGACGUCUCGGACACCAUCGCCAAGACUCACGCCGGCGUGCAGACCAAGACGGUCGUGUUCGACCUCUCCGUCGUCUCCACGGCUCAAGGUGAAGAGGCGAUGCGGCGGCUCCGCGAGGCCGUGGACGGGCUUGAAGUGGGGGUCCUGGUCAACAACGCCGGCGUGGCGAAGCCGUGCGCCGUGUACCUGCAUGAGUUCGACGUGGACGCGUGGGUGAAGAUGAUACGGGUGAACCUGUGGGCGCUGACCGAGGUCACGGCGGCGGUGCUGCCAGGGAUGGUGGCUCGCCGGAGGGGCGCAAUCGUCAACAUCGGAUCUGGGUCAACGGAGGCCAUACCCUCCUUCCCCCUCUACACGAUCUAUGCCGCCACCAAACGGUAUGUUUCUCAAUUCUCGAGGAGCCUCUACGUUGAGUACAGAACCAAAGGGAUUGAUAUCCAAUGUCAGGCCCCGCUGUUCGUGGACACCAAGAUGGCGUCGAGCGUGGCCAAGGCCAAGCGCUUCUCGCCAUUUGUGCCGACGUCCGACGCGUACGCGCACGCGGCCGUGGGCUGCAUCGGGCACGGCGCGCUCUGCGUACCCAACGCCGGGCACCGGGUCCAGUGGUGCAUCGCUGCCGUCGUGCCGGACUGCGUUCACGACUGGCUUCGCCUCCGCGAGCACCUCCGGCAGCGGGCGCUCUUCCAGCGGCUCAGGUCGGCAAGAGCUGCACCGUGCACCCCAACAAUUGGUGGGACGACUUCUCGAGAGAAGAGUUAG